GAUCCCAGAGCGGGCCCGGGGCGGGGCCGGGGGAGGAGCUUGCGGGAAGUAGGUGAAAAGUCAGGGGCGUGGCCUCGCCGGGAGCCUGCGCUGAGCCAGGCUUUCUCCAAACUUCUGUACAUUGCCAAAACGAGUGGUCUUCUCUGCGGGUCCAGGUUGCCACCAUGGCCCUGCUCCGAGGUGUCUUUGUUGUUGCUGCUAAGCGAACACCAUUUGGAGCCUAUGGAGGUCUUCUGAAAGACUACACUGCUACUGAUUUGGCUGAGUUUGCUGCCAAGGCUGCUCUGUCUGCUGGCAAAGUCCCACCUGAGACCAUUAACAGUGUCAUUGUAGGAAAUGUCAUGCAGAGUUCUUCAGAUGCUAUAUACUUAGCAAGACAUGUUGGUUUAAGAGUGGGAAUCCCAAAAGAAAUCCCGGCUCUCACUGUCAACAGGCUGUGUGGCUCUGGCUUCCAAUCCAUCGUGAACGGAUGUCAGGAAAUUUGUGUUAAAGAUGCUGAAGUUGUUUUGUGUGGAGGAACUGAAAGCAUGAGCCAGGCUCCCUUCUGUGUCAGAAACAUGCGUUUUGGAACCAGAUUUGGAUUUGAUCUCAAGCUGGAAGAUUCUCUGUGGGAAGGAUUAACAGAUCCACAUGUUAAGCUCUCCAUGGCACUGACUGCAGAGAAUCUUGCAGUACAACAUAAAAUUAGCAGAGAAGAUUGUGACAAAUACGCCCUGCAGUCACAGCAGAGAUGGAAAGCAGCUAAUGAUGCCGGCUACUUUAAUGAUGAAAUGGUGCCAAUUGAAGUGAAGACAAAGAAAGGAAAACAGACAAUGCAAGUGGAUGAGCACGCUCGGCCCCAGACAACCCUGGAGCAGUUACAGAAACUCCCUCCGGUGUUCAAGAAGGAAGGGACAGUCACUGCGGGGAACGCAUCGGGUGUAUCUGAUGGUGCUGGAGCGGUUAUCAUAGCUAGUGAAGAUGCUGUUAAAAAACAUAACUUCACACCACUGGCAAGAAUUGUGGGCUACUUUGCAUCUGGAUGUGAUCCAUCUAUCAUGGGUAUUGGUCCUGUUCCUGCCAUCAGUGGGGCAAUGAAGAGAACAGGACUGAGUCUCAAGGAUAUGGAUUUGGUAGAGGUGAAUGAAGCUUUUGCUCCCCAGUACUUGGCUGUUCAGAAAAGUUUGAAUCUUGAUCCGAGUAAGACCAACAUAAAUGGAGGAGCCAUUGCUUUGGGUCACCCUUUGGGAGGAUCUGGAACAAGAAUUACCGCACACCUGGUUCAUGAACUAAGGCGUCGAGGUGGAAAAUACGCUGUUGGUUCGGCUUGCAUUGGAGGCGGCCAAGGCAUUGCAGUCAUCAUUGAGAACGUGGCCUGAGAGAACCAAGGAGCCCGCUGUAUGCCUCUCUUACUCUCAUGACUGGCUGUGGUAAACCAGGUGACCUUCCUGGCAGCUGCCACACUACCCUGUCUGCCCCUAAAACAGCGACUGAGCCAGGCUUGAUGAGGGAAAAAUGCAUUUAUCAUAAGUGAAAUCCUGUACCAGGGGAGGGUCUCCAUUUCCGCCAGUCUAACAUAAUGUGUUUUUGAAUGAAAAUCCAGCUGUAGAAUACCUCAUAAGAUACCACUUAUGCCUUAGAUGAUAUGAUAAAUAAACACCACUUAUGCCUUAGAUGAUAUAAUUAUAAGGAAAGUAAAUAAAAGUACCUUAAUUUUGUCUAUAUAUAUUUUUAAAGACUUUUUAAUUGUGAUAAAAUGCACAUUAUAAAAUUAGUCUUUUUAAACCAUUUUUAAGUGUGCAGUUCAGUGGCAUUAAAUAGAUUCACACUGUUGCACAGAGAGUACCACCACCUAACCCCAGAACUCUUUCAUCUCACAGAACUGAAACUCAUUAAACAGUGAUGCCCCAUCCUCCGCUCUUCGCCGCUCCUGCCAACCACCAUUCUGCUUUGGUCUCCAUGCAUUUCAUGCUCUAGGUGUCUCAUGCAAGUGGGAUCCAUUUCUAUCUGUUUGUGCCUGAUUUAUUUCACUUACCAUAAUGCCCUCAAAGUUCAUCUGUCUUAUGGCAUGUGUCAGAGUAACCUUUUUAAAGACUGAAUUCCUUUGUGUGUUUGGUUUUUUGUCACCCACUGAUGGACAUUUAGGUUACUUCUGCCUUUUGAGCUAUGUGCAAGGAGCGGAAUUACUGAACAGAAUCUUGAUACUAAUAAAUGGUGUCAUAUUAGUUUGUUUUUCCUUGAAUAAAGACAGUGCUGAUUAUGUA